GGCAGAGUCAGGCCCUCCCUGUUUGCACUGGCUGCAGACUCUAAGUCACUGGAGGGAGGGACAGGCCAGCCUGCCAGGGGACUGCAGAAAUCUGCAAUAAAAGGGAAAGGAAAAAAAAACACGAUGAUGGCCUGAAACACUCUCCAGUGCCAGCCUCCGAGCCUGCCUGUCCCUUCAGACCUCAACAAACUGACAGCUGCAGAAUCUCAACUCCGUAGGCUCACUUGUGCUUACCAGCAAGGAAGCAGAGCUAACAAGGUGGACGGCUCCGUUGCUCUGGGCUGUCAAACUUCUCUUUCCUGACUGUGUCCCUACAAAACAAGGGGGUUCAACUCCGUUUUCCUGUCGCUGCCUGGGACCCGGCCACUUAGCCGAAGCCAUCAAGUUAUCAUUGGGGCCCAGUACUUGCACAACUCCACCAUUCUUAGUGACUAUUAUUCAAAGAGAAGGAGAGACAUCUGCAGCACUGCUCUACUGCUCAUGAAGUUUCUGCCUGCAGGUAUAGACAGCAUGAAGGCCAUGCUUCUUCUUCUCUCCAUUUUGGGAGCUGCAGCGGCAAUACCGACCAAUGCAAGGUUCCUGUCUGAUGAUUCCAAACCAACUGCUGCUUCCCUGAGCUCUGCCCAACAGCCUGAAAUGGUGUUGACACCUGACAACACAGCCAUCCCCAUUCUGAAUGCAGAAGACGCAGAAAAUGAAGAGGACUCUCUAGUACCCACGGAAGACCAGCCCAGCCAGGAGGCUGAAAAAUCUUCCAUGCUAGAUUCAAAAGAGGAAAGUGAGGACCAAUUAGCAGAAGACGACCAGAGCAACAGCCAAGAACUAGACUUAAAGGAGCAGGAGGAAAAUGACAGUGACUUAGGUGAAAACCUAGAGGAUGGGCCAACUGAAGAGACCUUGGACCUGAAAGAAGAUAUGAGUGAGUUUCAAGAGGAAGAACUCCCAGAGAAUAUUGACUCUCUCACUCCUGACGUCAGUCCCAUUGUAGAUACAGACCCACAAGAAAGCAUUAUAAAGACAGAGGAAAAACAAGAGCAACCUAUAACUGAGUCACAUCCUCCAUCAAACAGCAGCAGUAAACUUAGUCUAGACAAAAUCGAGCAGGGAAGCCAUGAGCAGGAUCCAAGUAGUCCCCAUGAAGAGGAGGAGGAGGAGGAGCAAGAGCAGGAGGAGGAAGAGAAAGAGUCAGGUGGGCUGGGUGAGCACAAUGGUAGCCAAGAUAUGGAGAGAGAGUUUCCCAAGGAACAUCCCAACAGCAGGCCAGAGGAAGACAGCACCCGAGCUGACGCUAUUUUGCAAGAGCCCCAUCAACCAACUCAAGUAAGCAAAAUGCAGCAGGAUGAGUUUGAGGAGGAAAACCAAGAAGAGGAAAUCUUCAACUCAGAAAUGCGAGAGGAAGCUGCGUCAGUCCUUGGUGAGCACUAUCAAGAGGGCGAGUGGCAGAGCCCAGAAGCUAAAUCUGGUCUUGAUGUGACCAGCGUCCACGAGGAAACAAAUGAGAAGGCUGUUGCCGAGGCUUUGCUCACAGACCCAACUGGCCACGCUGACAUCACGCCCACACACCAGGAGGCUGAAAGUGACAAUGCUGAGGUCACAAGGGAGGACCAGCCCACCCCAAGCCAGGCCUCCCUGGAGAGUGAGAGAGUGUGGGUCAGUAACCACCCCAUCAAAAAGGAGGAGCAAAGAGAAAGAGCUCAUGGGAGUGAGCAUGGAGGAGGAGACGCCCGUGAACCAGAAGAGCACCAAGGGGCCAAGAAGCCGGAGAACUCCCCGAAUGAAGAUGGAAGUUCAAGUGAAGGCAGCGCAAGGCAGCACAGCAUGGAUACUUGUGUGAACUUCCAGUGCAAACGAGGACACAUGUGCAAAGCUGACCCACAGGGAAGGCCCCACUGUGUUUGCCAAGACCCAGCUGCGUGUCCUCCUACAAAACUACUUGACCAAGUGUGUGGUACAGACAAUCACACCUAUCUUAGCUCCUGUCAUCUGUUUGCUACUAAAUGCAGAUUGGAGGGUACCAAGAAGGGGCACCAGCUGCAGCUGGACUACUUUGGAGCCUGCAAAUCUAUUCCUGCUUGCACAGACUUCGAAGUGACUCAGUUUCCUCUGCGGAUGAGGGACUGGCUCAAGAAUAUCCUCAUGCAGCUUUAUGAGUCGAACCCUGAGCAUGCCAGCUACCUAAAUGAGAAGCAGAGAAACAAAGUCAAGAAGAUCUACCUGGAUGAAAAGAGACUCUUGGCUGGGGACCAUUCCAUUGACCUUCUCCUGAGGGACUUUAAGAAGAACUAUCACAUGUACGUGUACCCGGUGCACUGGCAGUUCAGUGAACUUGACCAGCACCCCACAGACAGAGUCCUGACACAUUCGGAGCUGGCCCCCCUGCGCGCAUCACUGGUGCCUAUGGAGCACUGCAUAACCCGCUUCUUUGAGGAGUGUGACCCCAACAAGGACAAGCACAUCACCCUGAAGGAGUGGGGACACUGCUUUGGAAUUAAAGAAGAAGACAUAGAUGAAAAUCUCCUGUUUUGAAUUAAUAUUUGAAAGAAUUCAGGCUCUCCAGCAUCCUCCUCUGCACUGACCAAUUCUACAUGCAACCGUGAUGCUCAUAGAUUUACGUUUAGCAAUAAGUCUGCAUGUCUCAGAAGACAAUGAGAGCAGUUGCUUGAACACAGAGUCUGCAUCAGGCAUUAAACAUCAGCUUUGGGAGUAGAAGUUUCAAAUUAAGCAGAAUCAGUAUACACAAAAGAUGGGUUCCUGUCUGUGGCCAGGAGUCUUGCUUACUACUCUGCAUCUGCUUAGGAGAUACUUACUAAUUAUAAGACUUGAGAAAAUAAUAUGUUCAUUUUGUCCAUAGUAUCAUAUGCACACUGGAAAAAAUGGUAUAAUGCUCUCUUGCUGUUAAUGUGUGUUAUUUUCAGUAUCUUAAUAGCCUAAUAAAAACCCAAGCUCUCA